AUGAAAUCUCGGACGUCCUCGGACAAUGGGAGUAAUUGGUCGCGAGCUCCGUGUUCCCUACCGAUCCCUCUGCAACCUGCUGUUUAUAAUGAUCACCAUGCAAGUCGAACCGACAGCUUCGACGUUACCGGCGAAUCCGCGUUACCGGUUUCACUUGAACCAGCUGUUGCCGAAACCGCUGUUGCCGAACCCGCUGUUGCCGAACACGCUGUUGCCGAACACGCUGUUGCCGAACACGCUGAUUCCGACCCAGCUGUUGCCAAAGUCGGUGUCGGAAAUAGUGAUAUUUAG